GAAAACCACGGCCUACCGUCACAUGGUGGAGAGAAUAUUCCCUUCUGGAUGACACUUACUCAUUCAUUCCUGGUGAUAAUCUUGUUAGAAACGAGCUGAAAAUUCCGGAAUUAAAACGCCAUGAUUUAUUAGCUGUGUUGACGUGCCAAGCAUCCAAUAAUAAUAUUACGGUACCAGCCUCAUCUGCUGUUUCGCUUGAUUUGAACUUGAAACCAGUAGAUGUAAGAAUAGACCCAACUCGACAACCCCUUAGCGCUGGUCAAGAAUAUGAAUUCACGUGUAUGGCAGCAGGUUCCAGACCACCAGCAAUAAUCACGUGGUGGAAGGGCAAUAAGCAACUGAAAAAUCCGGAUGAUAAAUCUACACAAUCAGGUGAUGUCACAACCAGCAUUUUCACCUUCACUCCAUCAGUACAAGACAACAAUGUUCACUUUUCUUGCAGAGCACACAACCCUGUUAUCCCAGGCAGUGCAGAAUCUGAUGGCUGGACACUCGAGAUACACUACGUUCCUCACGUGACUCUUCGACUUGGAAGUACCUUCAAGAAAGAAGAAAUUCAAGAAGGAAAUGAUGUAUAUUUCGAAUGCAACAUUCACGCCAAUCCUUGGGUAACGGAGGUCAGUUGGUAUUUUAAGGGCCAAGAACUGCGAACUAAUACCUCAGCGGGUAUUGUCAUCAGCAACCAAUCUUUGGUACUUCAAAAAGUGCAAAGAACGAAUCGUGGCCUUUACUAUUGCAUGGCCACAAAUUCUGAAGGAACAGGAAGAAGUAAUGAGGUUUUCCUAAGAAUACGAUAUGCUCCUGAGUGCAAAACCAACCAGAAAAAGAUUUAUGGCGUCGGCCGUUUUGAAUCCGUGCGCGUCAAGUGUGAACUGGAUGCUGAUCCUGAUAACAUCACAUUCAGGUGGCGUUUCAAUAGUUCAGGAAAGAGCUUGGAUAUAAAAAAUUUCCAGACAUCUGGAACAGUAAGCACAGGAACCUACCUACCACACUCAGAUGAUGAUUACGGUUCUGUCAUAUGCUGGGGUAGCAACGAAGUUGGACGUCAGAGAGAGCCAUGCGUUUUCACUGUCAUACCAGCUGGACCCCCUGAGCCUCUGCAGAACUGUACAGUAGUAAAUUACACGGAGGAUUCUCUGCAAGUGGAAUGCGUCGAAGGUUACAAUGGCGGUCUUGUACAAAUAUUUCAACUCGAAGUUUACGAUGAUUCCGGAAGGAAGCUUCAUGGCAACUUCACAUCCGUUCAGCCACAGUUCUUCGUGUCUGGUUUACCAAGUGGGAAAGUUUUACGCCUCGUUGUGUUCGCCAAGAAUGCCAAGGGAAAAAGUGCUCCAAUUGUCUUAACGGCAAACACGUUACAGAAACCGGAAAAAUUAACAGGAAUGCAAGGCAUGAUUAUUAUCAGACCUGUUCUGGGUCUUCUAAUUGGAAUAGUUGUUGCCUUAGUUAUUGUCGCUGUCGCCGUCAUUAUUUAUAUGAAAAUGAAGAGGCAUCGAAAAGACAAAGUUACAAAAAGAACACCCGAAGUGGCUGACAAGUGUCAAACUCCGUUAAAGAAAGACACAGAUGACAUAGCUGACAGUGAAGAAAAGGGGCCAGAUAUUAUUCCUGCAAAUAUAAAUAAUCGGCAGCAUUUCAUAGUCAAUGAAGAUCCAAAAGAACAGUCUUCUCCAGCCAAAACGUCAGGACAUUGGGUGACUCCUCCAAGGAACAAUCAGUGUGAUCCGUACCGAAGGCAAGAAGAUAUAACUUACGCGGAACUGGCAUUACCGUUGGACCAACAGACUGCCGCCACGAUGACAGUUCGGAGAAAAGAACCUCCCACAGAAUACGCCAAGCUGGACUUGCAACGCCACAUGCACCCCCAGAAAUGCGGGGAGGAAGAUGAAGAAAUCAGCUGCACGUCUUGCGAUACACCACUUAUGAAAAAUAAGCGGGAGAGUGCCGUCUGAAGCUUAAUAUUGCCUAAGCAGUCGUUUGUGGAAAUGACAACUAUAUGAAGCUUGUGGCCAUCUUUUUACAGAAGUGCCGUAUUUAGGAUUUUACCGCAGCUCUUUGGGGCCCAUCUGAGUGCAGGGUUUUCUGUGGGCUGUUCUUCAAGCAACAUGAUUUUGAAGCCCCGUUAACUGCAUUCCAGCAUCCGAUGUAUAUCAUCAACAGAAAGGAAAUUCGAAUUUCUCUUUUACAAAUGAGGAGCUUUACGAUGCAGUGUGGUAAAAGAGCUUUUGAUCAUCAUCUUUGAUGCAUAUCUCUAUGAGUUUUAAGAUUGAAGUAUCAUUUCGAUAUUACAAAUAUCAGUCCCGCGUUUUUGUGUUACAGGCUUUACAACUGAAUGGUCAAGAACUGGUUUUAAGCACCUAUUGUAGCCUCUAGUAGAGGCAGAGAAGCAGCAUUAGAAAUUAUUUCCUUCAACUCAUCUUCAGGUGUAACGACGUUUAGACCAAUUUCGUCAACUUGAGCCACCAUGACGUGCAGAAAUUCAUAGAAACAUCAGAUUUCUAGAUAUAUAUGCCCUUUCCCCAGGCGUAUGUAAAAAGCAUAGAAUGGUUGACUUUUUGAAGAGUUGUAUUGAAUUUUAAAUGUGCAGGACUCCAUGCAGUUGAACAUUUAUGGAACUCCAAAGUUACUAAAAGGACUGAGAAUAUUUUAUUAGAAAUAAAAGCAUUGGUGUUGCACAAAAUACUCAAAGUUACCUUGUGGUUUCAAUACCAUCAUCAAGGAUGAUGAUUUUACCGGUGCAGACUAUCCUGGUUCUCGUUUAGUUGAAUUUCGAUCUCGACUCUCUGAACUCUCUGUGUUUACUUAUGUAACGUCAAUUUUGUAAAAAAUAACCGAAGUUUUUCGAUAUCUAGUGUGGUGAUUCUUUGUGUUCAGCUUUUCAUUUUGUCUUACAAGCACAUGAAUUUACGAGCACUUGAAUUUUUAUACGACUUUAGAUCACGUGCGAUCAUUUUUUAUUUAAAUUAUUUUAUUUUUGCUCUUGUAAUGCAGAAAUAAUUUUUUGUAAAAAUAUGUGUAUCUUAUGCAAAUCCUGUGAUUCUAGUGUGUGAAAUUACAGUUUACAAAACCACUAAUUAUUCAGGAGUUUCUCUUGUGAUUCAAAUACAAGUGAGCAAAGUAAACAUAUGUAAAUUAUGAGUAUAUAUAUAUAUAUUCAGUGUUUGGGAAAUGAAGUUUCUGUAAAUAAAGAUAUUUGUUUAUCAUUCCAAACAGUGAAUUAUGAUGAGUAUGACAAUCGGAGAGGGACAUUACAUAAGGGAUUUUUUUUUACUUUUAUUUCAGGGACAUGUUUGGAAAGAUAGAUUCUGUUUGGAAAUAUAUAAUUAUAUCUCAGAUAUAAGCAGAAGUUGUAUGACAAUGGCUCAAAUGACUAUGUUCUUAAGAAUAAUGUUGAUGUCCUAUUGUAAAUCCGACACUUUUUUAAAUAAAUAGAAAAUAAAUUAUUA